UAAAAAACAUAGUGAAUGGAAAAAUGCAUGAAUACUACAUUCUACAUUACUACAUUCAAUGUUAUAGAAAAGAAUCUUCAUGACAGAAAUUCACAAAUACAUAUGAAAAAAGAUACAAUUUGAGACCAGAAACGUAACAUGUAACUGUAAAAGUAAAAAUCAAAUAAAAAACUAACUACAACAUGUUUGUAAGAAUGAUGUGAAUUAUGAACUAGGUUAAGUAUUUAAUAGGGCUGUCACGUGACAAAAGAACGAAGGACUCAGACUCGAAAGAUGAACUAAUCAUUUCUGUCUCUGCAUAGUGCUAUGGGUUUGUGAGUCUGACUUGAAGAACGAACGACUCGAACCGAAGAGACGAACUAAUCAUUUCUCUUUCCGGUACUGACAGCAUAGUCUCUAUGGGACUGACAGGAAGAACGAAAGACUCGGACCCGGCCGAACCCAAACCCGAAGACUCGAGAGUCGAGACUUGAACUAAUCAUUUAUCUUUCCGGAUCCGGACCGGUAUGCUGCAUGUGCAUGCAGUCAGUGAGUGCAUUGGCUGCUGUGUCACACCACAUGGCCCACACACAGACACUGACGAGUCGACAUCGACAACUAAGUAUUUUUAACGUUUUGAAGUUCGAACCCGAUGACACAAGAGGCGGAGAAAAAGGAGAUACAGCAUAAAGUAUAAUCUGUAGGUAUGGCUGAGAGUUCAGGCGAGGUAACACUGGCAGAUGUUGAGACAGCAUUUCGUAAAUUUGCGGUUCACGGAGACACCAAGGCAACAGGGAAGGAGAUGAAUGGGAAAAAUUUUGUUAAGCUGUGUAAGGACUGCAAGGUCAUCGACGGGAAAAAUGUAACCAGCACGGAUGUGGACAUUGUCUUCAGCAAAGUCAAGGCUAAGACAGCACGUGUCAUCACGUUUGAGCAGUUCACUCCAGCCAUGUCUGAGUUGGCUUCAAAACGAUUUAAAGGGAAAAGCCAGGAGGAGGCAGUACAGCUUCUCUAUGGUCUCAUUGCUGGCAAAAAGCCAGACAACAUUGGUGUCACUAUAGUGGCAAAAGCCUCAGCUGUGGACAGGUUAACGGACAGCAGUAAGUACACUGGUUCUCACAAGGAGCGCUUUGAUCCAUCAGGAAAAGGAAAGGGCCGUGUGGGGAGGGAAGACAUCCCGGAUACCAGUGGAUACGUCUCGGCAUACAAAGGACAAGAAACUUACGACAGCAAAGUUAAAGAGGAUGAAUAAGAGAGAGAUGGAUGAAAUGAGAAAUGUCCUUUAUACAUGAUAUAAUGUGUAUGUCUGAAAUAUUUCAUAUUUUAUUUAACAGCUAGGCCUUAGCUCUCCAGCUAAAAAAAAUCUCUUGCUAAAACCUUGCAUGAAAACCUCUCACAAACUUGUGUUUGCACUGAAUUACACCUACAACUACUUUGAAAUUGAUUUAGAUUUAAAAUUACUGUCUCUACAUUUCAUACCAUUAUAAAAAAGCUAUCUUAGCAAUAUGCCUGUCUAUUCCUGCUAGUUACUUCCAAAGAGAUAUACAAAUUUGUUUUCUGUCAUACAUUCAGCAAAUAAAGUAGCUUUUCUUGGUAAAAAAUUAAUAAAAACAACAACAACAACAUUGCCAUUGAGCUGUUAAAGAUGAGUUCAGACAUUCACCAGUCUGUAGUAAUGUGACUUAAUUUUCAUGAGUUAACUAGCACUUUUGCCUUUGACAUGUUUGACUUUCUCAAAAUGAAUACGCCAUUUCAAUUUUAAACUACCAAAUAAAAAUAGA